AUGGGUGCUCCAGCUAAUGGAAAGUAUAAAGGUUCCACCACUGCCAGAUAUGUCAAAAGUUCCAUAAACCCUAGAGAUGAUUACGUGCCGAAUGGUGGUCCAGCUGCAUUCCAAGCUCAAAGAGCUGAAACUAAAUCAAAAUUAGAUCAAGUAAAGAAGAUUGAUCAAAUAGAUACAAUGAUGGGGUUUGAAAGAUUUGAUUCAGGUCCUUCCAAAACAGGUUGGUUGUGUAAUAUGCAUGCUACAACUAUCCCAAGUAAAGAUUAUAUCGCUGGUGUUUCUGGUGUUGAUUAUUAUUUCUUAGAUGAAGAAGGUGGUACUUUUAAAGCUACUAUUCAAUAUGAUCCAUAUUUUCUUGUUGUAUGUACUCCGGGUUCAGAAGCUGAAGUGGAAGAAUUAUUAAAGAAAAAACUUGAACAAUAUUUAAAAUCAGUGGCCAAAAUAGAAAAAGAUGAUUUAGCUAUUCCAAAUCAUUUGAUUGGUAUUAAAAGUUCAUUAUUAAGAUUAAAUUUCCCAAGUUCAAGUGAUAUGUUUGAAGCUAAAAAAAUAAUACAACCAAUUGUUAAAGAAAAUCAAACUAAAAAAGAUACAAAAGAUUUAUAUUCUGCAGUUAAUAAUAACUAUACAGAUGCAUUUUCAUUACAAAAUAAAGUUGAAUCUCAUGUUGAUGCUACUGAUUAUAUUGAAGAUAUCCGUGAACAUGAUGUGCCCUAUUGUACUCGUGUUUCAAUUGAUAAAAAUUUAAGAGUUGGUAAAUGGUAUAAAGUUUCUGCUGAUCAAGGUGAUGUUGAAACUGAAGAAAUUCCUGAUAGAAUUGAUUUCGGUGAUGCUGUUAUCUUAGCUUUUGAUAUUGAAGCUACCAAGAGACCUUUGAAAUUCCCUGAUAGUUCAAUUGAUCAAGUUAUGAUGAUUUCUUAUAUGAUUGAUGGUGAUGGGUUUUUAAUUACAAAUAGAGAAAUUAUUUCUGAAGAUAUCGAUGAUUUUGAAUAUACUCCAAAAGCUGAAUAUCCUGGGCUUUUCACUGUUUUCAAUGAACCUGAUGAAAAAGCAACAUUAGAAAGAUUUUUCGAACAUAUCAGAGAAGCCAAACCAACAAUUAUUGCUACUUUUAAUGGUGAUUUCUUUGAUUGGCCAUUCAUUGAAGCUAGAGCUAAUGUUCAUGAUUUAGAUAUGUUUGAUGAAAUUGGAUUUGCAAUUGAUGGUGAAGGUGAAUAUAAAUCAACAUAUUGUGCUCAUAUGGAUUGUUUCAGAUGGGUUAAAAGAGAUUCUUAUUUACCACAAGGUUCUCAAGGUUUGAAAGCUGUCACAACAUCAAAAUUAGGUUAUAAUCCAAUUGAAUUGGAUCCUGAAUUAAUGACACCUUAUGCAUAUAGUAAACCACAAUUAUUAUCAGAAUAUUCUGUUUCAGAUGCUGUUGCAACUUAUUAUUUAUACAAAAAAAUUAUUAGUAAUUUCAUUAUUUCAUUAGGUAUAAUUGUUCCAUUAAAUCCUGAUGAAUUACUACGGAAAGGUACAGGUACCCUUUGUGAAAUGUUACUUAUGGUUCAAGCUUAUGAAAAUGAUAUUUUACUACCCAAUAAACAUGUGGAUCCUCUAGAAAGAUUUUAUGAUGGUCAUCUUUUAGAAUCAGAAACUUAUGUUGGUGGUCAUGUUGAAUCAUUAGAAGCUGGUGUCUUUAGAUCAGAUUUAGAAAGUGAAUUUAAAAUAGAUCCAACAGCUAUUGAUGAACUUAUAGCUGAUUUAGAUAAUGCUUUAAAAUUUAGUAUUGUUGUGGAAUCUAAAGUAAAAUUAGAAGAUGUUGAGAAUUAUGAUGAGGUUUAUAAUGAUGUUAAAUCUCAAUUAUUAGCUCUUCGGGAAAAUCCAAAAAGAAGUGAAAAACCAUUAAUUUAUCAUGUUGAUGUUGCAUCAAUGUAUCCUAAUAUUAUGUGUUCAAAUCGUUUACAACCAGAUUCAAUGAAGACUGAAAAAGAUUGUGCAGCAUGUGAUUUUAAUAGACCUGGUAAAACUUGUGAUAGAAGAAUGACAUGGGCAUGGAGAGGUGAAUAUUAUCCUCCAAAGAUGGAUGAAUAUGGUAUGGUUAAAAGAUCUUUACAAAAUGAAACUUUUCCUCCAAAGAAACCUUAUCAACCAAGAAGAACAUUUGAAGAUUUAUCAUAUCAAGAACAAGUUGCUCAAAUUAAAAAAAGAUUACAAGAUUAUUCAAGAAAAAAUUAUCAUAAAGUUAAACAAUCUGAAACUGUUGAAAGAGAAUCCAUCAUUUGUCAAAGAGAAAAUCCAUUCUAUGUUGAUACUGUUCGUUCUUUCAGAGAUCGUCGUUAUGAAUUCAAAGGUUUAGCUAAAGUCUAUAAAAAAAAAUCAGACACUAAAGAUCGUACUGCCAAAGAAGAAGCUGAAAAGAGAGUUGUUUAUUAUGAUUCUUUACAACUUGCUUUUAAAGUCAUUUUAAACAGUUUCUAUGGUUAUGUUAUGAGAAAAGGUUCCAGAUGGUACUCCAUUGAAAUGGCUGGUAUUACUUGUCUUACUGGUGCUACAAUCAUUCAAAUGGCUAGAGGUUUAAUUGAAAGAUUAGGUAGACCCUUAGAAUUAGAUACUGAUGGUAUUUGGUGUAUUUUACCAAAAUCAUUUCCAGAAGAUUUCACUUUCAAUUUGAAAAAUGGUAAGAAAGCAUUUUGUUCAUAUCCAUGUUCAAUGUUGAAUUAUCUUGUUCAUGAACAAUUUACAAAUCAUCAAUAUCAAACAUUAGUUGAUCCAGUAACGAAGAAAUAUGAAACACAUAGUGAUAACUCUAUUUUCUUUGAAGUUGAUGGUCCAUAUAAAGCCAUGGUUUUACCAACAUCUAAAGAAGAAGGUAAAGGUUUGAAGAAACGUUAUGCUGUCUUCAAUGAUGAUGGUUCACUUGCUGAAUUAAAAGGUUUUGAAUUGAAAAGACGUGGUGAAUUACAAUUAAUCAAGAAUUUCCAAUCUGAUAUUUUCAAAUUAUUCUUGGAAGGUGAUACUUUAGAAGGAUGUUAUGGUGCUGUUGCUAAUGUUGCCAAUAGAUGGUUAGAUGUUUUAGACACCAAAGGUCGUAUGCUUGAAGAUGAAGAUUUGAUAGAGUUGAUUUGUGAAAAUAAAAGUAUGAGUAAGAGUUUAGAAGAAUAUGAAGGUCAAAAAUCUACUUCUAUUACAACUGCUCGCAGAUUAGGUGAAUUUUUGGGUGCUGAAAUGGUUAAAGAUAAAGGUUUACAAGUCAAAUAUAUUAUUUCUGAAAGACCAAUUAAUGCUCCAGUUACUGAAAGAGCCAUUCCUGUUGCUAUUUUCUCAUCUGAUAUCACUGUCAAAAGAAAUUUCUUAAGAAGAUGGUUAUUAGAUCCUUCAUUGGAUGAUUUUGAUGCAAGAAACAUUAUUGAUUGGAAUUAUUAUAAAGAGCGUCUUGAAUCAGUUAUUCAAAAAAUUAUCACAAUUCCAGCUGCUUUACAAGAUAUCGAAAAUCCAGUUUCAAGAGUUGCACAUCCAGAUUGGUUACAAAAAAGAAUUGCAACUAGUAAAGAUAAAAAGAAGCAAUCAUCACUUUCUACAUUUUUUACCAAGACUAAAAGUAAUCCAAUUGAUAUCAUGAAAGAUAUUGAAGAUAUUGGUAAAGAAAAUGAACUUUCUGGUAAGAAACCAUUAGUCGGUAAAGUCACUUCUAAGAAGCGUAAAAAUCAUCACACUGAAUCAUCUGAACCUUCUGAAGAAGACACCAACUUGUUAAAUGGUCCAUGUCCAGCUCCUGAUGAAGAUUAUGUUGGAUUCUUAGCAUAUCAAAAAGUCAAAUGGAAAGUUCAAAAGAAAUCAAGAGAAAGAAGAAAAGCAUUGUUUGGUGAAUCUUCAGAAUCUAGUUAUAGAUCUACUGUCGGUAAUAUGGUUCGUAAUCAAGCAGAAAACUUUGCUGGUUCAACAUGGCAAGUUCUUCAAUAUAAGUUGGAUUCAAAUCCUGGUGAUAUCAAAGCAUUUGUUUUGAUUGAUGGUAAAAUUCAAUCUUUUAUUUUCCAUAUUCCAAGAAAAUUAUAUAUGAGUUUCAGGUCUUCUGUUUUACCAGAUGGUACAAUUCCAAGUUGUGAAGUUGAAAAAGUCAAUAGUAUUUUACCAAAUGGUCAUAAAGCUUCAAACUUAUUCAAAUUGACAAUGCCAGAAACUGUUUAUCAAGAUGAAUUGAGUAAAGCUGGUAGUGUUUUGCAAAAUCCAAACGUUCUUGGUAUUUAUGAAGCUCAAGUUGAACCAACUGAAAGAGCCAUUAUGGAACUUGGUAAUUCUGUUAAUUUCAACUCAAGUAAAAUAGGUUCAUUGGGUAAAGGUUUGAAAAAUGGUUUUGAUUUGAAAUCUCUAUCAAUGACUGAUACUACACAUUAUUUGCAAAAAUUUACAAUGCCAACAGCAUAUUUGUUUCAUAUGGUUACCAAUAAUUAUCAAAUAUAUUCCUUGUUCAAAUCAUGGGAUAAGAAAGUUAUGUUGUUUGUUUUGAAACCAUCAAGAAAUGCUCAACCAAUCAGUGGUAAUUUAGAAAAGAUUUAUAGAGAUCUUUAUGAAGCUAAAAGGGAAAAGAUUGCACCAUUGUAUGGUAUCAUUGAUUAUCAAGAAGAAUUAGAAUUUGAAACCGUUUAUUUUGAAGAACUUCCAAAACUUCACAGAAAGUUAAACAGUUUCAUCAAUAAAAUCAAUGAAGAAAGUCCAACCAAACCAUUAUUUGUCUUACAAUCACCAACUGCUAAUAAUCUUUCAAAAUCAUUCAAAACAUUGAGUGAUUUCCCAGUUAUUCAUAUGAAUGUUGGUGAAAUUAAUGUUCCAGCUAUUGGAUGGCAAGGUAUUGUCUUGAAAAGAGUUUGUAACCAUUAUUUGGCGUUAGCUUCAUGGAUCAAGCAUUUAUUAGCAUUGGCUAAAUAUGGUAAUAUUCCAUUAUGUAACUUGAGAGCUGAUAACAUUGGUUAUUUGAUUGAUAUUGAAUAUGCUAGAAGAUUAAAGAAAAGUGAUAUCGUUUUGUGGUGGUCACCAAGGCCUACUCCAGAUUAUGGUGGAUUAGAAAAAGAUUCCAUUUUGAUGGAUAAUGAAAAUUAUGAAUUCCCAAUUAUCAAUAACCCAGAAAUCUAUGAAACUGUUGCAUUAGAAGUUGAUGUUUCCAAUUUAACUAUCAAUACUGUGUUAACAUCUGCUUUGAUUAACGAAGCUGAAGGUACUGAUUUAGCAGAAGUUGAAUUGAUUCAUGAUGAAAAUAGUGGUACUUCAACAUUUGCUGAAGAUUCGUUCUCUGGUCCAGGGUUAUCUGUUUUGAGAACUAUGGUUAAAGAUUGGUGGGAUGAUGCUGUUAAAGACAAUGCUAAUGCAGAUUCUAUGGUUCAUACAUUUGUUUCUUGGGUUCAAGACAGCCAAUCAUAUUUAUACGAUUCUUCAUUGAAAUAUCAUGUUCAUAAUUUGACCAAAAAAGCAUUACUGCAAUUAGUUGGUGAAUUCUCCAAGCUGGGUUCAAGUGUUAUAUUUGCUAAUAGAUCUAAAAUUAUUUUAAGAACUUCAAAAGUUUCUGUUGAAACAUCAUAUGCUUAUGCACAAUAUGUUGUUAAAGCUGUUAGAUCUAGACCAUUAUUCAAUUAUUUGGAUUUACAAAUUGAUAAAUAUUGGGAUCUAUUGAUUUGGAUGGAUGAACAUAAUUUUGGUGGUAGAGCAUGUUUAGAAAUUUCAGAAAAGGAAGAACAAGAUUUAAUUGGUCUUUCUAAAUGGCAAAUUAAACAAUAUUUACCUUCAAUUAUCCAACCAGAAUUUGAAGAUUGGGUCAUUAUUUUCUUGGAUGCUUUAAUCAAAGAUAAGAAUAAGAUGGCUAAUGUGUUGUCAACACCAAGAGUUACACAAAUCAAUCAUAUAUUAAAGAAAAAUCAAGGUACUAAAACUCAAGAUGAAGAUAUCCAAAAUGGUCUUUUCGAAAGCUUCAGAAAACCUUUGUUGAAAAGAGUCAAACAACUACUUCGUAAUCAGACAGAGGCUAUUCUUGAUACUGAUUUGAUUAAUGAAUAUGAGUUCCCAAGAUUACCAGGUUCAUCAACGGUUUUGAAAAAUCCAGUUUUAGAACUUGUUAAAUUUUUAUGUGCAAUUUUCAGUCUUUCCAAAAAGAGAAAUCUUUCAGUUAGGUUACUUCGUAAGGAAUUAUUAAACAUUUUUGAAAUUAGGGAAUUUGCUAAAGAAUCAGUGUUUUAUAAUCCAAGUAAAUCAUUGAAAGUUCCUGGUAUUUUAUGUGAAUAUUGUCAUCAUAUUAGAGAUCUUGAUUUUUGUCGUGAUGAAGCUAAACAUUUAUGGAAAUGUGAAAAAUGUGAUCAUAAUUAUAACAAGGCAUUAAUUGAAGAAAGAUUAAUCAAUACAUUAGAGAAAACAAUUACAAAUUUCUUUGUUCAAGAUUUGAAAUGUGAAAAAUGUAAUAGAGUUAAAGAAAGUAACAUGUCAGAUUAUUGUUCAUGUUCAGGUCAGUUUGUGGAAUCACAAACUAAACAAGAUGUUUCUUCAAGUGUGGAAACAUUUGAUAGAAUUUCAGCAUUUUAUGAUUUAAGACUAUUGAAAGAUUUUAUCGAUCAGGUCUUCUAA